GUUUGGGCUUUGGGCUACUGCUGGUUGAACGAACAUCUCGUUUGCCACAUUUCACUAUGCUAUCCGCUUGCAUCAGAACGUCGCGCUGCGGCGGGGUAUCGGUUGGGCCAUGGAUCCAUCGUCCCCGGCAUCUUGCGACCUUUGCCUCCUCCCGUGUCUCGCCUCAAAACGUUAUCGAGAAAAUUGUACAAAGAUAUGCUGUCGACCUUCCACAUCCCGAGCACAAGGUUCUGCAAGGGGACUUUGUGAGCAUUUCACCAGAGCAUGUCAUGACACAUGAUAAUACCGCCGCGGUUAUCAGCAAAUUCAAGAGCAUUGGGGCAGGAAAAUUCAAGAAUCCCAAGCAGCCUGUUUUUACUCUUGAUCAUGACGUCCAGAACAAGACCGAAAAGAACUUGCUCAAGUACCGAUCGAUACAGGAAUUUGCAAAGAAUCAUGGCGUAGACUUUUACCCAGCAGGGCGAGGAAUUGGACAUCAGAUCCUGAUCGAAGAGGGUUAUGCCUUCCCGUACGCCAUGACUGUUGCCUCGGAUUCGCACUCAAACAUGUACGGUGGAAUCGGCGCUCUGGGUACUCCAAUCGUACGAACUGAUGCGGCAGCAAUCUGGGCAACAGGGCGCACAUGGUGGCAAAUUCCACCCGUUGCCAAAGUGGAAUUUCUAAACUCCUUACCGGAAGGUGUGACCGGAAAGGACAUCAUUGUCACUCUCUGUGGGCUGUUCAACAAGGAUGAGGUCCUCAACACCGCGAUCGAGUUCACCGGUGAGAAAGGUAUGGCCGGACUCACUGUGGACGACAGGUUGACAAUUGCGAACAUGACAACGGAAUGGGGAGCGUUGGCUGGAGUAUUUCCCGUUGACGAAGUUACUGCCGAUUGGCUCCUAAAGCGCGCCGUCCAGCUUGAGCGGUCUCGUGAAGGCAAACAUCCACGUAUCAAUGUAGAGCGCAUCAAGAAGCUUCUUGAAAACCCGAUUCGCUCUGACCCUGGCGCGCGGUAUGCAAAGCAUUUGACUCUGGAUCUCGCUACUGUGUCUCCAUAUGUGUCUGGGCCCAACUCGGUAAAGCUUGCUACCCCAUUAACGGAACUAGAGAAAAGGAACAUUGCCAUCCACAAAGCCUAUCUUGUCUCAUGUGUAAACUCGCGCGCAAGCGACUUGAGAGCAGCGGCUCGCGUUUUGAAAGGUAGAACGGUGGCAGAAGGCGUGGAAUUUUACAUUGCAGCAGCGUCGAGCGAGGUGCAGCGUGACGUGGAAGCUAGUGGUGACUGGGCAGAGCUGCUUCGUGCAGGUGCCAAGCCUUUACCUGCUGGUUGUGGACCGUGUAUUGGUUUGGGCGCAGGGCUUUUGAAGGAUAAUGAAGUUGGAAUUUCGGCAACGAACCGGAACUACAAAGGAAGGAUGGGGUCUCCCAAUGCACAAGCCUACCUGUCAUCACCAGCUGUGGUCGCUGCUUCGGCUGUUGCUGGACGCAUUUGUGGCCCAGCUUCCCUUCCCCCUCUUUCUUCCGCUCUCAAGAUUUCGUCCGCGCCACAGACCGUUCAACCGCCCGUGAUUUCCUACAGUGAAUUGAAAAAUGCCGAUACAGGUUCCUCGGCAUCAUCUUCUGCAGACGUUGUCUCAGGCUUCCCAGGGUCACUGAAAGGCGAAUUCAUAUUUUGCGAUGCUGACAACUUGAACACGGAUGGAAUAUAUCCAGGAAAGUACACCUACGUGGAUGAUAUUCCUCCAGAAAGGAUGGCACAAGUUGUUAUGGAAAACUACGAUCCAAAAUUCUCCAGCAUUGCACAGAAGAAUGACAUCCUUGUUGGCGGUUUUAAUUUCGGUACUGGGUCGUCUAGAGAACAAGCCGCAACGGCACUGUUGUAUGCAGGAAUCCGUGUUGUUCUCGCUGGCUCUUUCUCGGAAACGUUUAAGCGAAACGCCAUUAACAAUGGCUUGGUUGUACUUGAAGCUCCAGCACUUGUCAGGGAUCUGCGGAAGGCGUUUGAAGGCGAUAGCAAAGAGCUAACGAGGCGUACUGCAUGGAAGGGAACGCUCGAUUUGGUUAAUGGUAGGGUGUCCAUAGAAGAAGGUAGUCCAGCGAAGGAAUACAGUAUUCCCGCAGUUGGUAGGGCGGCACAGGAGCUAGUAGUUGAGGGGGGGCUGGAAAGAUGGGUGAAGAAUCGGAUAGAAGCAUAGUUACAUUUCAUGAUAGUCCUGUAUUUUUUUUCUCAGACCGAAACCACCCAUCGUGUUCAAAACCGCAACUAUAUACAAUUCCUAUUUCAUGCCUUCCAAGAAUACAAAAGAAACACGUAGUCGAGAAUCAGC